AUGUUUUCCAUGAGGAUUGCCUGCGUGGUGCUGAGCGUGGUCAGCACCGUCUGGACUGCAGACACUGGUGAAGGUGAAUUUUUAGCAGAAGGAGCAGGCGUCCGUGGCCCAAGACUUAUGGAGAGACAGCAGUCUGCCUGCAAAGAGGCAGACUGGCCCUUCUGCUCUGAUGAUGACUGGGGCCAAAAAUGUCCUUCUGGCUGCAGGAUGAAAGGGCUGAUUGACGAGGUCAAUCAAGAUUUUACCAGCAGAAUAAAUAAGCUACAAAAUGCACUGUUGGACUUUCAAAAGAACAACAAGGAUUCCAAUUCAUUGACCAGAAAUAUAAUGGAGCUUUUAAGAGGGGACUUUGCCAAAGCCAAUAACAAUGAUAAUACAUAUAACCAAGUGUCAGAAGAUCUGAGAAGCAGAAUUGAGGUCUUGAAGCGCAAAGUCGUAGAGAAAGCACAGCACAUUCAGCUUCUGCAGAACAAUGUCAGGGCUCAGCUGAUCGAUAUGAAGCGCCUGGAGGUGGAAGUGGACAUCAAGAUCCGAUCUUGCAAAGGGUCGUGCAGCAGGGCCCUAGCCCGAGAGCUGGACCUGAGGGACUACGAGGAGCAGCAGAGGCAGCUGGAGCAGGUGAUCGCCAAGGACCUGCUCCCCCCGAGGGAGAGCCAGUACUUCCCCCUCAUCAAAAUGCGGCCCAUGCCGGACCUGGUGCCCGGGAACUUCAAGAGCCAGCUGCAGGCGGCGCCUCCGGAGUGGCGGGCGCUGACGGAGAUGCAGCAGAUGCGGAUGGAGCUCGAGGGGCCCGGGAAGGAGGGCCACGCCCGGGGCGAUGCAGGGCCGGUGACCGACACCCCCGGGCACCCUCGCCCCGGCGGGGCGGGACACUGGAGCCCCGGGAGCGCCGGGCCCGGAGGCGAUGGGAGCCGGACGCCCCCCGGGGCCGCCGGCGACGCGGGCUCCAGUCACCUCGGCAGCUGGAACCCGAGCGGCGCCGGCAUCUUCCGGCCCGACGGCCCCGCCGGCUCCGGGGUGGCGAGCAGCCCCUCCAGCCCGGACUGGGGCAACUUCGAGGAGGUGUCGGGAAGCCCGUCGAUGAGGAAGGAGUUCCACACGGGCAAGCUGGCGGCCGCCAAGGGGGACCGGGAGUUCGUGCUGGGCGGGGAGAAGCUGGCCAGCAGCAGCAGCAGCAGCACCCGCCGCUCGUGCUCCAAGACGGUCACCAAGACGGUGAUCGGGCCGGACGGCCGCCGGGAGGUGACCCGGGAGGUGGUGACGUCGGAGGACGGCUCCGACUGCGGGGACGGCGCGGACGGCGGCGGCGGCGGCUUCGGCAGCCGCGGCAGCCUGGACGAGCUGGCCCGCCGGCACCCGGACCUGUCCGCCUUCUUCGGCUCCGACUCGGGCAUCUUCGCCGACCUGGAGGACCCCGAGCUCCCGGCGGCCGGGGCCACGACGACGCGCAGGAAGCUGGCCACCGCCACCGCCACCGCCACCGCGGGGACCAAGAACUACAAGAUGGCAGACGAGGCGGCCGCGGUGGAAGCGCGGUCCAGCAAGAGGAGCCGGACCAAGGCUCGCCCUUCCCGAGACUGUGCUGAGGCCCUCCAAACGCAUCCUUCAGGGGCCCGCAGUGGCCUUUUCCGUAUCAAGCCACCCGGAUCCAGUAAGAUCAUUUCUGUUUAUUGCGAUCAAGAGACCGGUUUGGGAGGAUGGCUUUUGAUCCAGCAGAGAAUGGAUGGCUCACUGAAUUUUAACCGGACCUGGCAAGACUACAAGAGAGGUUUCGGCAGCCUGGAUGAGCAGGGGCGAGGCGAGUUCUGGCUAGGCAACGACGACCUCCACCUCCUCACGCUGGGGGGCUCGGUGCUCAGGGUGGACUUGGAGGACUGGGCUGGGAACCGGGCGUACGCCGAGUACCGCUUCCGAGUGGGCUCCGAGGCCGAGGGCUACGCCCUGCAGGUCUCCUCCUACCGGGGCACGGCGGGCGAUGCUCUGGUGGAGGGCUCUGCGGAGGAAGGGGCCGAGUUCACCUCCCACCGGGGCAUGCGGUUCAGUACCUUCGACAGGGACGCGGACCACUGGGAGGAGAGUUGUGCCGAGGUCUAUGGCGGGGGCUGGUGGUACAACAACUGCCAGGCAGCCAAUCUGAACGGCAUCUACUACCCUGGGGGGGCCUACGACCCCCGGAAUAACAGCCCCUAUGAGAUCGAGAACGGGGUGGUCUGGGUCCCCUUUAGAGGAGCAGAUUAUUCCCUGAGGGCUGUCAGCAUGAAGAUCAGGCCCCUGGGCACCCAGGAGUCUGCAGGAGCCAGGGAGAACACUGGUUUGUAG